UCCCUUCUAGCAGCGUUUUGCGUAGUAAAAUGUGGCACUAGGAAUAUAUUUCUCUGGGGCAUUUCUAAUCUUGAAAUGGAAAAAUCCAAGCGAGCUACCGAGGCCAACUAAAUGUUCAACUAAUACCCCCGAAGCCUGCUAGGUCUGCCGCUCCACCGUAACGUGAAAACUCUCAACUGACCUUCCACAGCUGAGGCGAAGCAAAAUGCCAGACUUGGUAGACAACGUCGAUUCGAACCCAGAAGGCCCGCGAAACAUAGGCACAUGGUCUCGGGGCGAGCAUACUGCCCCCGGACUCAUCGAAUGGAUAACAGCGGUGCCAGACACCUUGGAGACAUAUCUGCCAACUGUCGAAGAGAGAAUACCCAUAGAGGAGAGCCGACCAGAAGAGACUCGUACCCUGAUGAUUGAUCACCUUUUCAACGAUGGGCGCAGGAACGCCUUAAUCUACAGGUGCGUUGAGCAGCCUACGCAUCUGCGCGAUGCCAUCACACGCAUCCAAAAGCCCUCCUCGGAAGACAGGCGUGCUCUCAGCAGAAUUAUAGCGACACAGGUCCGGCCCCUGUACGUCCACUUUCGGAUUCAUCACCCAGCUUUGCGGACCGAAAGUUUUGUCUUCUUUGGGGAUCCUAAUAAACCAGACUUUACCAAGCCCUAUGUUCUCGAUUGGGGGCGACAAGCAUCUCCCGAGAUGUACCAACAUCCUGAAUACCAAGCAGACAAACCUCUCUGGCCCUAUCAAGUCUGGUCUUUGAUGAUGGUGCUGUCUGAGAUUGCUGAGUGGCAGCCGCUUGACAAAGCAUUCCAGGACGACGCGGAGUUGCGGAGCAGGAAACUAGAGAGGAAGCGGCUGGUGACAAGUCCGGGUUGGAAGGGUGCCAUGACCGCCGAGAUCUUCCAGUACGGCUUCGGAUUUCUCGAGAAGGAUCGCAACACACUUGAGGAGUACAGCGAGUGGGAGAUCAAACGCUUCUAUGAUAAAUUGUGCAAGCUUCUGGAGCCGUUGUGAUAUUCUGUCGAAGAAAAUGAGCACGAUGCCGUCUCAGUGUCAUCUGCUUUAAUAGCUCAUUAAUAGUCACUGCCUGCUCUAUAUUUUCUUUGUCUAUGUCUUAAUGAACCCCCGUAUUAUUAAGACUCUGGUACUGUGCUCUCGUUAGGAGAUCUUGGAGAGGACUGGCCCUUUAGGUCAAUGGAAGGUCGUGGUGUUGUAGUUAGUAUUA